GAAGCCAUUUUGGACUCAGUUCAGUUUCUUGCAUGUGAAUAUCGGACCCUGUCCUCAGUCAUUCACCACUACACAGUAGAAAAGGUUAACGCGCACCGCGGAGCGAGAAAAUUGUUUCUUUUAAACAUCGAGUUUAUUUUACCUUGUCGAUUUUACAUCCUGGAUUCGACCGAUCCUUUCCCAAUGGAUUUGUUUAUAUUUAAAACUUGUUUUUAGCCCGUGCAAUUUUGUUGCAUUGGGGGGCUGUACACACAAAAGCAACACAAACUCUUGGUGCGGUGGACAUCGAAGGCCUUGGGACAUUUGGCUCGUGUUGUGCUAUCAUCUUUUUAAAUGUUCGCAAAGGAAAAUAGGUUAAAAAGGAGAACAUCUGGUGUGUUUCUUUUUAAUUAAAGGAAUAUGUUUGCUUCCUGUCUGACUUUUGCACUUCUGGGAACUUUUUGUGCAGGACCAAGCCAUGGAGAGGUGGACACACAGGACUGCUUGUUCUAUAACAUCAACUAUGAGAUCGAGAAGACCAACCAGAGUGGGGUAGAGCGCUGCGAGGGUGAGAAGGACAAGCGGUCGCACUGCUACGCCUCAUGGCGAAACAACUCGGGUACCAUAGAGCUGGUGAAGAAGGGCUGCUGGCUGGAUGACUUCAACUGCUAUGACAGGCAAGAGUGUGUGGCGACAGAGGAGAAUCCUCAGGUGUUCUUCUGUUGCUGCGAGGGGAACUUCUGCAACGAGAGGUUCACUCACCUGCCUGAUGUCAACGGACCAAUGAUCAAGUCGCCUCCCCCCAUGCCCACACUACUCAAUGUGCUGGUCUACUCACUGCUGCCCAUCACCAUGCUCUCCAUGGCCCUGCUGCUGGCCUUCUGGAUGUACCGCCACCGCAAGCCGCCCUAUGGCCAUGUGGACAUCAAUGAGGAUCCCGGCCUAGUUCUCCCUCCCUCCCCCCUGGUGGGUCUCAAACCCCUGCAGUUGCUGGAGAUUAAGGCCAGGGGGCGCUUCGGCUGUGUGUGGAAGGCCCAGAUGAUGAAUGAAUACGUGGCUGUCAAGGUCUUCCCCAUUCAGGAUAAACAGUCGUGGACGAACGAGCGGGACGUGUUCCUAACACCGGGGAUGAAGCACGAGAACCUGCUGCGCUACAUCGCCGCCGAGAAGCGCGGGACCAACCUGGAGAUGGAGCUGUGGCUCAUCUCUGAGUUCCACGAGAGGGGCUCCCUGACGGACUAUCUGAAAGGGAAUGCAAUCAGCUGGACUGAGCUGUGCCACAUCGCUGAGACCAUGGCCUGCGGGCUGGCCUACCUACACGAAGACGUGCCUCGCUACAAAGGAGAGGGACCCAAACCGGCCAUUGCUCACAGGGACUUCAAGAGUAAGAACGUGAUGCUGCGGACCGACCUGACGGCCAUCAUCGGGGACUUUGGGCUGGCGGUGCGGUUCGAGCCGGGCAAGCCCCCAGGGGACACUCACGGCCAGGUGGGUACCAGGCGCUAUAUGGCGCCGGAGGUCCUGGAAGGUGCCAUCAACUUCCAGCGGGACGCCUUUCUCAGGAUAGACAUGUACGCCAUGGGCCUGGUGCUGUGGGAGCUGGUGUCGCGCUGCAAGGCGGCCGACGGCCCAGUGGAUGAGUACAUGCUGCCGUUUGAGGAGGAGAUCGGCCAGCACCCGUCCCUGGAGGACUUACAGGAGGUGGUGGUCCACAAAAAGAUGAGACCGGUCUUCAAGGACUGCUGGCUCAAACACGCUGGCCUGGAGUCGAUGUGUGAGACGAUAGAGGAGUGCUGGGACCAUGACGCGGAGGCGCGCCUCUCUGCUGGCUGCGUGGAGGAGCGCAUCUCGCAGAUCCGCCGGCUGACCAGCCCCCCUACCUCGGACUGCCUGGUCUCCAUGGUGACCUCUGUCACCAACGUGGACUUGCCACCCAAAGAGUCCAGUAUCUGAGUCUCAACCCGACCACCACCAACCCUCCCAACGCAGAGCGACAAGCAAGCAUACAAAACAACCACCCUCGUCGUCUUCUUCUUAAGCCUCAGCGGAUCUCAGAAAAAAAACAUGAAUGCAGCUGCUAUUUUAUCCUGAAAUUUUUUUUUCGAUUAAUUAUUAUUUUUAUUUUAUUUCCGAUCGGAUCACUAUUACCAGCACACUUCUAUACUGUUGUUUUUUUUUUAUCAAUAAAGGACAAAAAAAAGCUAAAUGGACAUCUCAAAAGCGCAUUCAGGUGCCGACUUAUGAAUGCUGACAAGGUGCAGGUACCUCAGAUGUUUUCAGCUCUCAGUAGUUUCUUUGGGUUUAGUUUAUUCCUCUUUUUCUGUCUUCUGGACAGGAUUGCCUGUGACAGAACCAACCAACUCACCCACCAACCAAGCAACCAUCUACCACGUUGGAAAAUACAACAAUGCUGCAAAAACCUUGUAGGAACAUUGAGACUGUUACACACAACUAACCUUCCUCAAGGGAUUUUAGUUUUCAGAAAACGUUUCCUUUCCGACAGCGUGUCCCAUACAAACCUUCGGAACUAACGGGUGUCUCUAGAACACAGGGAAAAGUGGGAAAACAACUGAACUCAUUUAGGUUUUUUCUGUGUUCAGACUGGUGACUAUGGAUGGGGUUGGCUACAGCAUUCUUAUGAGUGCAUGUUGAAAAGUUCAAAAGGAAACGGCUUACAUUCAGAGAUUGGACAUCACAUCAUCUGGAUAGUGCGUUUGGUAUGGAACUACUUCUCAGGUAACCAGUCUCAAGGGGCAGGAGAUGUUGAUUUGAGGUGAUAUCGCAACGCGUCCCGUAAAAUAGGGCGAGAGCCACAACCGCCGCCCUUGAGUGGUUGGAGGGGGCAAACUUUAGUGGGAGGGGCUUUUCUGACUUGGUUCAGAGCCUUUUUAUCUGAGAUCAAAAUGGAGUCUAAACACGGAACGUGCUCAAACAACUACAAAAAACACAAUCGGUGCAAGACCCUGGUGAAGAUAUGUAUGCAUUUUGGGUGUGUGUGUGUUUGCGUGUGACUACUUGUGCAGUGAGAGUGACUGAGUGUGUGUGUAGCGGAGAGGGAUGGAGAUUAAGACCAUGAAAAAAGUUUCAGCCGUAAACAUCUGAAGAUAAGUUAAAUGUAUUUUUGUUCCGUUUUUUUCUUCUCCUUUAUUUCAGUCAGUAUAUUGGACAUUGGGAGCUAAGGACCUAGACUCUUCUCCACAGAGGCCCAUUCUAGGCCUCAGCAAAAGCCUAUAUCCUUCACUAGUGUUGAGCGGGAGGGAAUACAGUUGAAUCAUCACUGCCUGGUCCCUUUGUUAUUUACCUCUUUCGCACAGGGACCAAACUUAGUUUGGACCGGUAGGUCCUGCAUUGUAGAACCGUUUUCGACAGGGCACCGAGCGUAACAAGCGGUUUAAACUUCAUUACGAUUAGUUACACGUUCUCGUUCAUUAGAAGGAAAAAAAGAAACCGAAAACGAACAUGGAACUUUUUUUGUCUUAAGUGGCACGCAAGAAACCACAUUUCCGUAUGCCAUAAUGUAACAGUGAAUGUCCACAAUGCUGCUGUUUCAACUCAAAGAUGAAUAUAUUUCUGUGUUCCUUUUUUUCUGUGCAUUACACGUGCAACUCUCAGUAGUAAAGGAAACAUGCAUAAAACAGCAAAAGUCAUGUCUACCAACGUACAAGGCUUCCGAGGUGAACAAUAAAAUCUAGUAGAGAUAAAACAUAAAACGAAACGCAAAAAAACAAAAAAAACAUUAAUGAACCACAGACCACCUCAAACCAGAAAUACCUCAGAUUUUUCUACGUGUAUGAGUUCUGUUAUAUAUUUUGUUAGUUGUGUUGACUUGUAUUAAGUAUAUUUUAAUGUGAGUUUUUUUGGCUUUUAUGAUUAGGGAGUUUUGGAAAAAUAGUGCUACUGCAACAUGUUGUAUAAAUGAAAGAAAAUUGUGUAAAUAGCUGUAUACAGUUGUAGAAUUCUACCAAUAUAUGGCACCUAGGCAUUAUUCAUGAUUUGUGCUGGCUUCCCCCCCCCCCCCAACUAGUUUUUUUCCUCUCCGUUACCUAAAGGGACAUUGAACCUUGUAUUUGGUUUUCUUCCCAAAAAAUGAAUAUCCACCCACCACCGUGUCUCACCUGUAAUAUUUUUGCAUACCCCAUGAUAUACCUUGGGUUUGUCAUUGCUUUUAAAAUGUAUUUUAAUGACUUAUCCCAUUCCUCUAUAAAAAAGAAAGCAUUUAUACAGAAAAGACUAAUUGAGAACUAAGAGAUACCAUUGAAUUUCCUUAUACAAAGCAACGCAUCUCCAAAUUAGUUUCUCUCUCGAUUUAUAGCGUUCUAACUUUUUAAAGCAUAGUCAUAUUUUUAUGAAAUUGUUCUCAAUUGAUGAUUGAUUUGAUAGCGCCUUCAAGGGGGGAGGGGGGGGGGGGUAGUAGUGUCCCUGGAUUCUCAUCCGUUCAUCUCCUUUCCUCACACAUUGACUGACAAGAGACACCGUGGCGGUGGCUUCAGCACCUUAAAAACACUACAUCCUACAGACGAGAGCUUUAAGUUAUUAUUCACGGUGUCAUACGUUCUUUUAAGGUUCUACAUCGUUUAGCAGCGUUCCACAUGUGUGUAAGUGGAACCAUGUCCAGCAGUCUUUCAGGGUGUUUUAGGGAUACCCAUGGAGAAGUGAGAGCAUUGAGACACUCAUGACUUCAAUCUCUUGUCAUCAUGAACCCCAGUGAUUGAUGUGGGCCUGCAGAUCGCUGCGAUCCAGCUGCUUUGAGUAGGAAAAGCACAGCUAGCUUUAUUUGGGCUUUUGGGCUUAGGAAACUUUAACAUGUAUUUAGGUCUGUAAAGAGGCUACUUUUCAAGGAGCCCCACUUUCUCUGUAAUAUUAGUUUAGCACUUUAGUUUCUCUGGAUUGACUCCCCACCAUUUUAUCAUUAACCAGGAUGGAGGUAUUCUUGCUUUGAUUUCAAUGCCCUGUUAGCAAAUCAGGGUUAUGUUUGUGUCAAAUGAUCAGGUUAGUGUUUGAUGUCUAUCUUUUCAGGAAGCUUAUUGUAACACAAUAUGGUUUACAGUAUUUCUGCUAUAAAUGUAAUGGGAUCAAGAAAUUGCAAGUUUGGAUAUAAAUGUAGCAAGCAAUAUCUACAGCAAUAGUCCUACAUAUUGUUUCUGGUAUGACAGAAUAACCUCAUAGGUACUGCAAUAGCCCUUGAGCUAGCGACCAACCAAAACAUCUUGUUCAAGAUGCGCUUUGUUGUCAAGAGGAAGGUUGGCGGGUUUGCUGAUCCCAAGUCAUGGUCAUAAUGCUUGUUGAGUUAUGAUAGGUUUACCUUCCGUUAUAGACCAUUGACCAUGAAAAACAUGUAGCCAAAUUCCUUGCACCUAAGUCUGAAGGAAGGGGAACCAAAGUCUUUCUUUUUUUCUAUAUUUGAGAGUUGUAAUGCGUCUCCACUCUCACUUUCUGUUUAUGUGGAACAGCGGAGACAAAAUCUUUCUGUCCUAUGAUACUUUGAUGAUUUGAGACGCUAGACAAAAUAAUUUGACGUUAUUUCCUUGCUUUGACAUUUUUGCCACCUUUUCCAGAGUUAAGUGGAUUCAUUUGAUGGGGAGGGAGUGUCAGUGCAGGGAGUAAGGUCUACAAAGUGAGUUGUUAGACUUCCAAAUUGAAAGCUCUGAAGUUUCUUUCCAAAUAGUGGCCCGUUGCACUCUCAGCAUUACAUAUGCCGUGCGGUCUUAAAGGUUUAAUUCUUUCAAUUUUUUGGGGGGGGUCACUGUUAUGAUGAAUUAUGCAAUACCAAUCGGUGGUUUUAAAGUUUUAGCCACAAUGGGAAAGGCAAGUAUUACUCUGGUCUUUCAUCAUUGUCUGGGUUUUCACUCUGGUGCCAUUUUAAUGAUUCUACCGUCACUCUAGUUUAGUCUUUUAUCUGAGAGCAGAGGGAUGGGAGCUGGACUUAACACAUCUUUCCAAAUGAAUAUUUUAGCUUUAGUGCAUUGGACAUGGGUUAAAAUCAGUGAUCUAUUAUUACCAAUAGUCACAUUUGGGUUCAUGAUGACAAAGCUGAAGUCUUGGAAUACAAACAGCAUGUAAUAUCAGUGCUAUUGCUGGAGCUUUGGACUAAAAUCCUGAGGUGUUCUGAUGUUGUGCCUUUUAUUUUCCUCAUCGUCGUUGCUGAAGCCACUGCUGCGGCGCCCCUCUGUUUAUUUGUUAUUAGUACCUGACAAAAAAUGCUAUAUAUAUAUAUAUAAUCUAAUAUAAAAAUCUUAAAGUGACCAGCUGUAAUUCUGGAUGCAGUCUUAGAUCCAGGUUGUUCAGGAACCAAUUACCUCAGACCUCACGUGAAACAGUGUUGCUAGCUGGAUAGUCGUCGAUACUACAGAAAAAUGAUGUACACUUUCGUCAUACCAACAGGAAACCUCGUUUGUACUGGUGUAACAUGUAUGAUCCACCCCUUGACAAUGUGAAAACCCUCUUCCUUUCCGAGCUUCUCGCCUCUAGUUUUCAACAGCAAAGAAAUUGUAUUGUAUGGAAAACCAUGUUCAAGUGCUUCCUCUGCUACUUUCCCAACUGAAAUUGUUAGUGUACACUGGUUUGACAGCUCACUCUGUCAUCUGACAGAACUGAAGAAAAAAAUAACAUUAAAUUGGAUGAGAUUUCAUUAUAGUCCUGUCUAGCUCACAAAAAAAGCCCUAACAACACUAAUUACCAUUGUACCCUUAGAUUUGUCAUCAAUCCCUCUUAGACAUCUACUUCAUUUUACUUUACCCAACUCUCUAUGAGCAUCUUUUAGUGUUAUUACGUUACUUAUUUACUGUGCACGGACAGUCACUCAGGCCAUGUGAUCAUAACCUCGUUUUCCAAGAGAUCAGUGUUCAGGGCUUGUGUCAAACAGCAGCAGCGAGCUGUGAGCCCGGGCAAUCGACUUACCCUCCUUAAGUAUUAAGACCUUCCCCAGCAGGGGAGAACUAUUGAUUCUAAAUGCCAAUGACUAAACGCUAAGAACGUCCAAUAUCUUUGUAGCCUCUGGGUUAGUAGAGCUUGCUACUCAAUGCUUUAAAAAGCCACUUCCAUACAGUGCCAGUUUCUAUCGCUCCUUUAAAACCAGGUGGAAUUUGCUGUUGGUAAACAAUGUCAAUGUGGAAUGUUUUUUUGGUUUUUUUUCCCUCAUAAGAGCUCAUCAGUGGCUCUUUGCACAUGGAAGUGUUCAAACAAAUCCGAAAAACUAUUCCACUGCAAAGGACUGAUUCACAAUGUCUUUCUUCCAAGACCCACCAAAACAAGGGUGCAGGAUUCGGCAAACGGGUCAAGGGGGGGUUUCUUGUUUUUGUCAAGGGGUCUUAUUUAAAAGUGAUGUUUCUAUACCAGAAUACGUGAAAUGUAAAUGUUGUAGGUUAUGUUUCACUAUUGUAGCUAAAUUGUAGAACAGAGAUGGCUUGUACUACUGAUUUUAACAAAUAUACUCAAAUCUGUAUAAGAUAAAAUGUAUACGGAGAGUUGAGAUUGUUGCUGUAACCCCUCUUUUGGAUUGAAGAAUAUGUUUAAAAGUUUUAUGUAUAUGAAAUGCCCUGGAAAAAUCCAACAUCCAUUGUAUUGCCGUAAUGACAUAAGGACUUUUUGAACGAUCAGUGUAACAUAGUUCUUUAAUUUGCAGUGGAUCAUUGUUCCUUUUUACUGUGGUAAUUUUAGAACUCAUUAUCCAAGUAGAUUUGCCUAGUUGUUGGGGUGUGGCUGUUUCUACUCUGCACUUGGUGCCAGAAUAAACCAGUAUGAAUGUAGUAUUUGCCCAGUGUGAAACAACUACACCCUGACUGUUAGAGAAAAAAUACUAGAAUGGAUUAUUUCAAUUGUAUCUUUUUGUAUAUGAAAGUAAACAAUAAAAUACUGUUAAAGCA